GGAACUUCAGGAAACUCUGGAGCCCUUAAAGAAGAAGUUAAAGUUUCCCAGCAUGCUCUGGCUGUGGUGGUGGAGGUAUAUGAGGGGGAGACUUCUGUCCUCUUGCACUAUGUUUACAAAGGUUCGAUACGUGAGGACAAUCCCACAGUGAUGUGGACUCGCAGUGACCUCAAUCCCAAAUCUGUCCACCUACAAGGAAAAGGAGGAGACGAUCUUAAAGGGCAAAACCAGCGCUACAGUGGGCGCACAUCAAUGAGUCGUUAUGCAUUAAACACAAAAGACUUCAGCCUCACUCUGAGGAAACCCAAACUGACUGACAGCGGUAUUUACACCUGCUCCAUCAGUGCUGGAGGAGGAGAACAGAGACUGAGUGACAUCCAGCUGCAUGUCAAAGAUCAUCACGUGGAGGUGAAGGUGGAGGAAGGCUCAGAGUCUGUCACCCUGCCCUGCAAAACAACACCUGACCUGCCUGAGAACACCAGAGUGGAGUGGACUCACUCUGACCAUGAACUCUUGAUAGUUCAGGAGUAUUCAAACAAAGGUGGCAAACUUAUGAAACAGGACAAGUUUUACAGAGACCGAACAGAAAUGAAUGAAGACCUGCUGAAAACUUCAGCCUGACCCUGAAACAGCCCACAGAGAGACACAGGAGGAUACAUCUGCACCAUCUACAGGGACAAAGACAUCCUGAGACAGAAAGUAGUGCUGCACUAUGUCAGAG